GUGUGUACAUUUUUGCACAGUUAAGGUGGAAAACGAAUGUAUUAACUGAUGAUGGCUGCUCGUUAUUUGUUAAAAAAUUUUUUUGUCAUGAAUCCAUCACAUCACCGCUAAGAAAAUACGUCCGACCUAAUCCGACCUCUUCUACUUAUACUGCAUAAGGUCUGCUUUUAGCAAAGGAAUUCUCUGCGAUCGAAAAUUUGCCGCGUUGAAAAUAAGUUGUAUGUCUCUGCACGCACGGGAGGGCGCGCGAGCAGUGAUAAAAAAAAAAUUCCAAAAAAAAAAAAAGUUCUCACUUAAUUUCGUCUGCGGCAGCUGUCGGAAUGGGAUUUGGAAUUUGUUGUUCGCUUAACCAUAAAUAAAAAGAUGCAGCGUGUUUGAAAUAAUGAUUUUUUUUUUUUCCCUUUCUUUUUUUUUAAUCGUUUAAGAUUACUUUUAUUUUUGUGCUGGCUUGAGCGUGAUGUAAACGGUAAUUGUGUUAGUGUGCAUGACAAGAAGGUUAAGAUUUAAGUGCAGGACAUUAGGUUAUGCAUGUAUUUGAAUUAUACAUGAAUAAUUUUAUUGUUCAAUGUAAGUUUGAGUGUAAGAUUUAUUUCGCGAAUGAGAUUUUAGUUGUCUUUGAACUUUGAUAAUUUUCAAUAAGUAACACAAUGGAUUAUAAAGACGAGCAGAUAAACGAAAUCGAGGCUCUUGAGUCUAUCUACUGUGGUGAAUUUGAAGUUCUAGAGGUUGAGCCGUUUCACAAGUUUAGUAUUGUUAUCAAAUCUGAGGAGUACGAACCAGACACAGAUAAUGGUCUGUCGUGUAGAUUAGAAGUCACAUACACAGCCAAAUAUCCAGACGAACCGCCAAUUGUUUCCAUCGAGGAAGAGGAAAAUUUCGAGGAUGGGCUUGUAGAAAAGCUGAUGGAACAUUUGAGUGAACAGAUUGAGGAGAGUUUAGGAAUUGUUAUGGUGUUUACAUUGGUCAGUGCAACUCAGGAGUGGCUCAACGUUGAGUGGGAUAAAAUCAAACUAAAUCGGGAAGAGAGUGCAGCCAGAAAGCUCAAAGAGGAAGAAGAGGCAGAAAUGAAAAGGUUUGAAGGAACAAGAGUCACAGUAGAAACAUUCUUGAGGUGGAAAGAAAAGUUCAACGAAGAAAUGGGUUACAAUGAAAAAAAAAGAUUGGCUGAGAAGGAAGAAAAGAAACUGACAGGUAGAGAAUUGUUUAUGAAAGAUAAAACUCUUGACAAAUCAGAUCUCAAGUUCCUGGAAGAUGGCGAUUCUGUUAAAGUGGACGAAAGUUUAUUCCAAAACCUCGAUGAUUUAGACUUGGAAGAUGAGGAUGAUGAUGACCCAGACUUUAAUCCAGAUGCAUCAGAUGACAGUGAAUAAAGUGUGCUCACACGAAAAUGUAUCAUAUUAUGGUGUGAUCAUUGAAAUUGUAAAAAAAGAACGUUGAAAUGAAGAACCACUGCAACCUCUCAGGACCUAUACAUUUUCUGUGAUUGAAAUAUCAAAUGGUAACUGAACUAACGAGAGGUGUUAAGGUUAUAAGUGCUUUUUUUAUA